UGAAACAAUUAAGAUUCGAAGACAAAGUUCAGAAAUUUGAGGAUUUUAUUAACGGAAUAAAGGCACGACAAGCAAAGGAAAAGGAUGAACGCGAUGAAUUGUUUGCCGCAGAGUUAGAGAAAGUUAAAGAGUUUAAUAACGGAGCAAAGGCGCGAGAAGCCAGGGAAAUGAGGAACGCGAUAAAUUGUUUACUGCAGAGUUAGAGAAAGUUAAAAACUUUCAGAGGCUUAUUAAUGAGGUAAAGACAAGAGAAGAAAAGGAAUUAGAGGAACGUUCUAAGUUGUUUCUCACAGAGUUGAAGAAAUACAAACAAAAAAUGCGGAAGAAGUUGAACGACAGAAAAAUGUAACGUCAGAAAUGCUCGAAAGUGUGGCGAAUUCUAAGAUGGAGUUUGAAAACGUUCAUAAAGAUAUAAACGAGAGAAUGAAAGGGAAAGUUGUGGCUUUCACAGUGACCUCACCUAAGGCAGCUUCAUCAACAUCUUUAUCUUUCACAACAGUAAUUACAAACGACGGGAACGGGUUUGAUACAUCGACUGGCAAGUUCACAUGUCCUGUUAGCGGGCUCUACUACUUGUCCUUACACAUCUUCAAGAUUCGGUCAUCUGAUUACAGCUAUGUCGGAUGUUACAUCAAUCUGAACGGAUCAACUAAAGUGAGAGCUUACAUAGAUCCUCAGAACGGGCCAUAUGGUGCGGACAACGGAAGUUAUGGAGUUUCAACAUCGGUUUAUUUAAAUCUGAAGGUUUGGAGAUGUAGUCACAAUAGCUAACUGCAGCCAUCCAAUAUCCAAGCGUGUAGAAUCAUGGACUUCCUUUAGUGGUCAUUUAAAAAGACAAGUUUUGUAAUUUAUACGUAACAAGUAGUAUUCGUACUUUCUAGAACUUGUGUCGCAAAAAUAAUGCUCUGAGGUCCGUUUCGUCCAUGAAAUGCAGUAUCAUGAUACAUAAAUGUUUAUAUCUAAGUUUUAAAUAAUUAACACAUGUUAUCAGAUUAUUUUGAAGAUUCUGACAUAUGUUCAUUCUUAGAUACAGGGUUAAUUUUUAUUGCAUAAAACUUUCAAGUCGAGAUUUUCAUGAAAUGUAUAUUGUAUAAACUUUCAAAUUUUAGAUAUGAUAGAACAUAGUUAUAUCUUAGCAAAAUAUCAUUUAUAAAUAGAAUGGUUUGUUUUGUUUUGGAUAAUA